GCUCCAGUAAAGAACAUCAGCAUCUGAUUAAUAUUCAUAAGCGAGCGUCCAAUGAUCGCGCUGCAACCUGUUGUUGGCGUCCGCAGCCGCUCGGCGCUAGGACCCGGAUCAGAGCGCGCCGCCGCGGGGCUGCUACAGAUCCACACGAGAGCGCGCAGGAGCCUCACACACACUCAUUAGUACACUUGAGGAGGUGUGCUUUAGUGUUUGAGCGUUUCAUUGAGCAGAUUCCCGUUCGGAUGAGGCGCAGCUCGAGCGGAAUGAGCGGCGGCGGGCUUCGAUGAGGAUGAUGAUGAUGAAGAGCACGAAACACCUGUGAUCACGUUCAGCGUCAGUCACUGAGAUAGAGCAGAGGAAGCUUCAGUGAUCUGGACUGGGAUCAGGUCUGUGGUGGUUUACUGCGGCACGCUUCAGGAACAGGAGGAGAAACACCAGGGUUCAGCUCCAGCAGCACUAUGACCGAUGGAGAUUACGACUACCUGAUCAAACUCCUGGCUCUCGGGGACUCCGGAGUGGGCAAGACCACCUUCCUCUACCGCUACACCGACAACAAGUUCAACCCCAAAUUCAUCACCACCGUGGGCAUUGAUUUCAGGGAAAAGAGAGUGGUUUAUACGACAAACAGCCCCAAUGGAACGACAGGGAAGACGUUUAAGGUUCACCUGCAGCUCUGGGACACGGCGGGACAGGAGAGGUUCAGGAGUUUGACCACGGCCUUCUUCAGGGAUGCCAUGGGUUUCCUGCUCAUGUUCGAUCUGACCAGUCAGCAGAGCUUCCUCAACGUCAGGAACUGGAUGAGCCAGCUCCAGGCGAACGCGUAUACUGUGAGAAUCCAGAUAGUUGUUCUCGUGACCCCGGUCAUUGUUCUCGUGGGUAAUAAAGCCGAUCUGAACGACCAGAGAGAAGUCCAGGAGAAACAAGCGAAGGAACUAGCGGACAAAUACGGAAUUCCCUACUUCGAGACGAGUGCGGCGACCGGUGCUGAGGUGGAUAAAGCCGUGGUGACGCUGCUGGAUCUGGUGAUGAAGAGGAUGGAGCAGUGUGUGGACAAACCUGCGGCGGACGCACACAGCACGGACGGCAGCAGCAAACUGGACGCCGCGGCGGCUAGCGAGAAGAAGUGUGCGUGUUAAAGCAGCGGCACCCAUCCGGAUCCUGCUGACCUGCUGUGUGGACAUUGUGUGUUCCCUCGAGAGUCUGUGAGAGCUGUCGUACUGCCUCGUGAUCUUUAACAACCCUCCAAAUUCAGCCCAGAUUAUUACUGUCAGCAAAUGCGUCUGAAAUAUUAUUAAACAGAGAUCUUAGGUCAGAAACUCACACUAAAACCCGGAUGCGGCCGUAAUCUCGAUCGGACUUGAUUCUUAAACACUCAUCGUCUAAAUAGAUGUACAGAAACAAAAUCAGAAAUAUCUGAGCGACAUUCAUACACUACCAGUCUGACGUCUGGAGUAAUUAUGACUUUUUAAUGUUUCUGAAAGACGUCUCUUCUGCUCAGCGAGGCUGCAUUUAUUUGAAUAAAAAUACUGUAAAAAUUUGAAAUAUUAUUAUUAUUUAAAUCAGCU